AUGGGCGUUAAUUACUAUGACAUUCUGAAAGUCUCAAGGAAUGCAAGUGAAGAGGAUGUGAAGAAGUCUUACAAGAGAUUGGCCAUGAAAUGGCACCCUGACAAGAAUGCCGUGAACACUAAGGAAGCAGAAGCGAAGUUUAAGGAAAUAUCUGAGGCAUAUGAUGUGCUGAGUGAUCCACAGAAGAGGCAGAUCUAUGAUUUAAAUGGAGAGGAAGGGCUGAAAUAUGGUUUUGAUUCUGGGUCCAGUCCGAGGGAGGCAAGGGAUAUAUUUGAAGAGUUUUUUGGUGGGAUGAAUGAUGGGUUUGAAGGGAAAAGUGACGGUUUUGGCGGAGGCGGAGGCGGUGGUGGUGGUGGAGGAGGAAGGAUGAGGAAGGCGGCGCCGAUGGAGAAUAAAUUGCCAUGUACCUUGGAGGAGCUGUACAAGGGAUCAAAAAGGAAGAUGAAGAUCUCCAGGAUUGUUCUUGAUGAAUAUGGCAAGCCUAGCACUGUUGAAGAAGUCUUGGCAAUACAUAUUAAACCGGGCUGGAAGAAGGGAACAAAGAUUACUUUCCCAGAGAAAGGGAACCAUGAAGCUGGCGCUACCCCAGGAGACCUUACAUUUGUAGUGGAUGAGAAGCCGCAUCCUAUGUUUAAGAGGGACGGCAAUGAUCUAAUACUCUAUCAGAAAAUUUCCCUACUCGAUGCUCUUACGGGUAAGACUAUUAACAUAACAACCUUGGACGGAAGGAAUCUUAGUAUUCCAGUCUCGGAUAUUGUCAAACCAGGGCAUGAAAUGUUGAUCCAAAAUGAAGGAAUGCCCAUUUCCAAAGAACCGGGUAAAAAUGGAAAUUUGAGGAUCAAAUUUGACAUCAAAUUCCCCUCAAGGCUUUCUGCUGAACAGAAAUCAGAUUUGAGGAGGGUGCUGGGCAGGAAAACCAACUAA